CAAACGGAAAAAAGGCAUAAACAUUAAUAAAAAGACAAAGAAGCCUUUCGACUUUAUAAAAAUGGCUUCUUUGCACAAAUUAUCGGUUCUAGUUACCCUCAUUUCGUCCUUCAUCUUGUCCAUUUCUGUGCAGGUGCAUAGCAACGACUUGAUAAUGACAGCUUGCUCGGGCACUACCUCAAAACAGUUAUGUCUAGAUCAUUUGAAAGCUGAUAAGCAAGUCACAGCAGCAGCAUCAGAAGAAUUGGCCUUAGGAUUGGCCAUUAUUAAAAAUCUUAUAGGGCAAGCAAAAAUCACACAUGACUAUGUACUGAAAAAGAAAUUAGCAAAUCCAGCAUAUGGUUUUUGUGAAACAAAAUGGGCUGAUAUGGUCUCUGGUUUCCAAAGGGUUUUGGAGACUACUACCAAAAACAAAGGGUACCAAGAAGAUACAGAUGACUAUGACUUUAUGAUUAUUGGUGAUUAUGUAGGAAACUGUAAAAUGGCUCUUGAAGAAGCAAAAAUUGUAGAUCCUGAGAUUGCUAAAGGAGGAGAUAUAGUCAAAACGUCCAUAGCUGCUGCUAACACAAUACUGUCCCAGCUAAAAGCAAAAAACAGGAAUAAAGAUGAAUAAAUUAUCACAGUGAACCAACUGCAUUGAGUUCUCAUUACUGUCAAAUCGGAUGGUUGUCUCCCAUAGUUUCAUAAUGUUUUAUUUUGUAUCGUAAUGUGUUGUAAUGUAUUGUUUUGCUGAUAUAAUGUCUGUAUCGGUUGUAUUGGUUGUUUAUUGUAUUUAAGGAGUAAAAAUUUUCAUGUUGAAUGUAUUGUACUGCUCGAUAACGAAUAAGUUUACUAACCGUUGUAAAUA